UGCGAGUCAGGUUGAACGCGCCGCGACAAAAACAAUCAGGAAGUGGCUCGCCACCGCACUCGUCUGCGGACAUUUUGUUGACUUGACUUUGUUUUGUUUUGUUUUAUUUUGUUUCGUUCUUUGCUAACGUCAAACGGGAAGAUGCAUAAUACGAAGCGCGCGGCCCUCGGCUGCGCUUUGUGGCUCCUCUGCGUCGGCCCGGUCGCGUCCUGCGACUGGAAGCUAGCGGACGCCGCCGAGCGGCAGCUGGACCCGCGGUCUUUGGACGCCGGAGCUCGCUACCUGUCCCGAAGGUUCGACGCGGCGGAGCCGGCGGCCUGCCGGGAGGCGUGCUGCUCGGAGCUGGCCUGCCAGCUGGCCUUGCUGAGCUUCCCGGAGGACGACGGCCCGCCGCUGUGCCUGCUGGUGAGCUGCAUCGUCGGCGGCCGCGACGUGUGCGUCCUGGCGCCCGGCUCCCGCUUCCGGGUGGCCGGCUGGAAGAAGCCGCCGGUCGCCGCGCCGCUUGCGGGGGAACCUUCCGGAAACGAGACCGUGGAGCGGCUGGCGCGGGCAAACGACAGCAACGACGUCGUGUGUCGCCAGCCCGCCAAGGUCGGCUCGUGUCGCGCCGCCUUCCCCAAAUUCUACUACGACCCGGUCAACAGGACGUGCCGCCGCUUCACCUACGGCGGCUGCGAGGCCAACGGCAACAACUUCGACAGCCGCGAGGACUGCGAGGGCGCCUGUAGCGGAGUCACAGGUUCCGUUCUCCCCGACGAGUCGACGGCAGCGCCACCUGCAGGUCCGGCCAAAUCUCUUCGAAUGCUGCAGCCCUUCGCCGACCCCAGAGCGCUGAGUUCUGACUACGCCGUUGAGGAGAAAGUGAUCUCCGCUGAGGAGUAUUCCGAGCGCUGCGAGGCGGAGCCGGCGGCGGGUCCGUGCAGGGCGGCGUUCCGCCGCUGGUACUACGACAGCCGGCUGCGCCAAUGCAAGAUGUUCAUCUACGGCGGUUGCCAAGGCAACAAGAACAACUACAACAACCAAAAGAGCUGCUCGGACGCGUGCCACGUCAGCGUCGUUCCCGCUCCCAAGAAGAUCCUCCCGUCGGAUUCGCCGUCAGUCGCAGAUGAAGAAUGCUUGGCGUCUCCCGACCCGGGUCCGUGCCGCGCCGCCUUCCCCAUGUUCUACUAUGACCCGGCCACCGACAGCUGUCAAUCAUUCGUUUACGGGGGUUGCCGCGGCAACCGGAACCUAUUCAACAGCGCCGAGGAUUGCCGGACCCGAUGUGCCGGCGCUGCGGACGGUUCCUUUGCGGGUCGGGACAAAACACGCAGUCGCUGGACCGCAGCCUUCUUUGUUCUCCUGACCCUGGCGGCCAUUUGUACUGUGCUGGUGUCCGCCCUGGUGGUGACAAUGCUGCGACGCGUGCGCCUCACCCGCAGCGCCUCCGUCGUCAGUGACAAGGAGGAACUUCUUCCGGAUGUGCGCUCGUCUCUGGAGUCUCUGCAAGUCCCGGACUCGCCCGUCACCGCGGAAAAAGCCUGAUCGGCGGGGGUGCUCACUUCAUUAGGUACACCCUCGGAUCUGAACCGAUACAAAGUAGAUAUUAAACUAUAAAGUUACAAAUAUGAGGGACAGCUGUCUGUGUGACAUAAAAUUGAUCAAUAUUGUUAAAUUUUUAUUUUAAAAAAAUGGUAUUGGAUGGCAUAAAGUGGUGUACCUAAUAAAGUGUCUAGUAAGUGCUACUUCCUGUCUUUAUUUUAAAUUAAGCUAAGCUAAACACAUGAGCGCAAAGUUUAAUGGUAGGAUAUAUUUUCUUAAACAAAAUAUAUAAAUCGUUCUUUGUGCUUCAAAGCGUCAACGAUUCGCACCGCUGAUCAUCUUUUAGCUUUUAAUCACUUACAUUUUUACAGUCAACAUUUAAAUGACUUUGUUUGUAUCUUUUUGUUUUACUUUUACUAAAUCAACACAUUGCAUUAUGAUGUCAUUAAACACAUUUGUGACAGCUUGACAAAUAAAGUUUUGAGUCAUUGAA